GGACGUACGGUUAUUUGAUCAUGGCAACGACAUCAUUCCGUGGCUACAACAAAGGUCUCCAGAUUGGAUUCAACAGUGGACCGAUCAAUCUGCCUCCAGAGCGGCCGGAAACCCCACCCAACCCGUUAUCGACUGUCCCAUUCGCGCGAGACCAGCAGUUUGUCAGUCGUGACACGCUACUUCGUCGGAUUCACGAGGAAAGCUUAGUCCCGGGGUCGAGGAUAGCACUUGUUGGCUUUGGCGGUGUUGGGAAGUCGCAACUUGCUGUCGAAUACUCCUACCAGGUCCGAUCCCAAUCGCCGGAAACAUGGGUUUUCUGGGUGCAUGCGAGUAACGAAUCCCGGUUCGAGCAAAGCUUCCGGAACAUCGCAGAACGUGUUAAAAUCCCGGGUCGUCAGGAUCCUACAGUGAAUGUAUUCGAACUCGUCGAGAACUGGCUCUGCGAUGAGAAGAGAAAAUGGGUUUGCAUCGUUGAUAAUGUCGAUGACGGUCAGCUUCUUUCGACGAGAAGCUCAGCAAGCGCCUCGAACAAACCAUUCUUGGAGUAUAUUCCUAAAAGCCAAAAUGGAUAUGUCAUCAUAACUAGUCGAUCGAGAAAGGUAGCGUUAAGGAUUGUCGAUCAUAAGGGCCUUGUUGAGGUUAAACCCAUGGAAAGAUCCGAAGCACUAGAGCUUCUCCAAAGAAAGCUUGAGCCAGCGGAAAGCCAAGGAAGUGAACAGUUAGUGAACGUGUUGGAGUUCAUGCCGCUAGCGAUCGUACAAGCCGCUAGCUAUAUUCGAAAUCGGGCGCCACGCUGUUCGGUAGCACAAUACCUGAGCGACUUCCAGAGGAGUGACCUUAAAGCGACAAAGCUUCUAAAAGAAGAGGCUGGUCACCAUUACCGGGACUGGGAAGCAAAGAACUCAAUUUUGGUGACGUGGCAAAUGUCAUUCGAUCAUAUACGCCAAAUCAAGCCAUCUGCAGCAGAUCUGCUUUCUCUUAUGAGCUUUUUUGAUCGACAAGGGAUCUCAGAGAACCUUCUCCGGCAUCAACCUACCGCCGAUAACACAUCAACCUCGGAGCUUAGUGACGGGGAGACAUCUGAAUCUGAUAUGGGCCCUGAUUUUGAAGACGACGUCACAACACUAAGGGAUUAUUCAUUUAUAUCUAUUAGUGGGAGCAGCACCUUUACGAUGCAUCGGCUAGUGCAACUGACUACGCGCGCGUGGUUAAAUUCUCAUGGACAAAUAGACCAAUGGAGGGAUAAAUUCAUUAGCACCUUAUACGACGAGUUUCCUACCGGAGAAUACGAAGAUUGGGAGAGGUGCAGGCCACUCUUUCCUCAUGUCAAAUCCGCAAUGUUACAACGGCCAACAUCACCUGAGAUUCAACUGCAAUGGGCUACGUUACUUUAUAAGGGUGCAUGGUAUGCGUUGAGAAUCGGUAACAUCGCGGAUAUAAGAGAAAUGGCAUCAAAAUCAAGAGACCAAAGAAAGAUUUUAUUAGGUGAUAAACACCAAGAAUUUCUUGAUAGCACAAACAUGUUGGCAAUAGGAUACUGGUAUGACGGUCGGUCCCAAGAGGCCGAGCAGCUCCAACUACAGCUGCUGGAGACGACUAGGACGAAGCUCGGCGAGGAUCACCGCGACACGUUAACGGAUAUGGCCAACCUAGCAAUGACGUAUUUAAACCAGAACCGGUGGGAGGAGGCCGAGCAGCUCCAAGUGCAGGUGAUGGAGACGAGAAAGGCGAAGUUCGGCGAGAAUCAUUCCGACACGAUUUCGGCUAUGGACCAUCUAGCGGUAACGUUUAUGAAGCAGGGCCGGUGGGAUGAGGCCGAGCAGCUCCAAGUGCAGGUGAUAGAGACGAGAAAGGCGAAGUUCGGCGAGGAUCAUCCCGACACGAUUUCGGUUAUGGCCAACCUAGCAAUGACGUAUUUAAACCAGAACCGGUGGGAGGAGGCCGAGCAGCUCCAAGUGCAGGCGAUGGAGACGAGAAAGGCGAAGUUCGGCGCGGACCAUCCUCAGACUCUUGGGGAUAUAGCCAACCUAGCGGUGAUAUACUGGAAGCAGGGCCGGUGGGAUGAGGCCGAAGCGCUCCACGUGCAGUUGAUGGAGACCCGUAAGACGAAGCUCGGCAAGGAUCAUCCCCACACGCUGGAUACUAUGUCUAUUCUCGCUUCCACCUGGAAAUAUUUAGGUCGCGAUGCUGAAGCCAUCAAUUUGCUUCGAGAUUGCUUCGCCAAGCAGAAACAAAUAUUGGGCCUGAACCAUACGGAGACUGUAUAUAGUUCCGAAAGAUUGCUGGAAUGGGAAACAUCUCAACAAAAGGGCGCAAGAAGCGCAGUCAAACGAUCGUUUUACAAGCUGGUAGCGAACUGGAGGAGAAGAAGAUAA